CUCAGUCAAAAAAUUAUGGCUGGUAAAACACGUGUAAAGUCCCGCUUUAAGGCAUGCAAGGAGUCUCAAGUUUUUUUUUUUUUUUUAAAAAAAUUUUCGCACCUUUUGAUUGUUCCAGAAAACUAAUCAUGCUUCAUGAUGGUUAAAAAUUGGACACUUUCCUUCUUUGCUGUGCAGUGAUUUUGCCGAAUUCGUUUCCUCCUUGAAAUCACCACGAAAAUAUGCUCAGAGUUUAGUUUAAAAAUAAAAAAUGAUUUGACUCUCUCGAGAUGUUUACUUUAAAGAUAACUCGAGCAUUCCGGCUCGAAUAUAGUUUGAACGCUCUUUGUGCCUUAUGGGUUUUGCGAAUUAGAGCCUUGACACCUACAACAGCUAUACCACCUCUAGUCACAAAAGGAGCUGCGGAAAUAGAGGAAGCUCUUUUAAAACACGCUGUUAUUCCUGAUGUUAUCGAUAAGGCCCCAAAACAUUUUUUAAUGGCAUCGUUUCGUGAAAGCGAAGCCAAAAAGGCCAAAUUUCUGAUGCCACAGCUCGGAAAUAUUUUGGAUCCCAACGUAAUGCGGAUGUAUCCUUAUCAUUUGAACUGGCCUUGUGAUAAUGCAUCUAUGUACACAUUAAUAAUGACAG